AUGUGGUUCAACGCUCCCGCCAUCGUCUCCCUUGUUCUCCCGCUGCUUGCUGCAGCUGCCCCCGUCAGCACAAACAGCACAACCCAGAGCCCCCGAAUUGACUACGAUGCCAUCAUUGUCGGCGGCGGCCCUGCUGGUCUCAGUGCCCUGAGUGCUCUUGCUCGCGUGCGCCGCAACGUGCUGCUCGUCGACUCUGGCGAGUACCGCAACGGCCCUACACGCCACAUGCACGAUGUGCUCGGCUUCGACGGCGUCACUCCCGCAUACUACCGCCACGCUGCCCGCCAGCAAAUCUCCCAGUACGGUACGGCAUCCCUCACCAACGGCACCAUCACCAAGAUCACCCCCGAGCAGAACAAUACGUACUUCUCCGUCACAGGCAAGUACGAGGGCGACAAGGAAAUCACAUUUCGCGCCAAAAAGGUCAUCUUGGCCACCGGCAUCCGCGACAUCCUCCCCGACACCCCCGGCAUCAAGGAGAACUGGGGCAAGGGUCUCUUCUGGUGCCCCUGGUGCGACGGCCACGAGCACGCCGACCAGGGACUUGGCCUGCUGGGCCCGUACGACGGUGUUCCCGGCACCGUCCGCGAGAUCCUAUCUCUCAACACCGACAUUGUCGCCUUUGUCAACGGCACCGAUACCCCCGAGGAGCGCGAGCUCGCCGAGAAGAAGAACCCGCACCACGAGGAGUACCUCAAGCUCAAGAAGGUGACGGUCGACAACCGCCAGAUCACUUCCAUUGAGCGUCUCCGCAACGGCUCCGACCCCAGCGCCGACCCUAGCCUCUCGAGCGUCGCCGAGCACGACCUCUUCCGCGUCCACUUCACCGAGGGCGAGCCUGUGCUGCGCAACGCCUUCAUCACCAGCUUCCCCAAGGAGCAGACCUCGAAGGUUGGCCAGGACGCCGGUGUUCAGCUUUGGGGCGGCCGCCUUGCUGUCGACAGCACCAAGGGCCUUGUGACCAACGUCCCUGGCGUGUAUGCCGUCGGUGACGCCAACUCUGACAACUCGACCAACGUCCUGCACGCUCUUUACUCGGGCAAGCAGGCCGCUGUCAGCAUUCACAUUCUGAUUGAGCGUGAGACUGCCAAUGCUGAGCUAGCUGCUCUUAACAGCACGGCUGCUGCUGGAUCUAAGCGGAGCUUGCGUGAGGAGGCUCGCGCGGUCUGGGCUAGAAUGAACGGCGAGCCUGGUGAGCUGCUGUACGCUGGCGAGUUUGACCAGUAA